ACAAGAAGAUCAUGAAUGGGACCUGGGACUAAACAUCAACAACAAGGGUUCUUUUCAGUUUCAACUACCUCUUCUAAUUUUACCGAAAACUUCUACACAGCAAAAUUAAAUCUCGUUUGUAUAAAAAUGCAUGGGUAUGAAAAAGAAUACAAGAAAAUGGCGACCAGUGAACAGAGUGAUGAAUCCUUGUACCCGAUUGCUGUUUUAAUUGAUGAAUUAAGAAAUGAAGAUGUUCAGCUUCGUUUGAAUAGCAUUAAGAAGUUAUCUACAAUAGCAUUGGCUCUUGGUGUGGAAAGAACUCGGACUGAGCUUAUACCAUUUUUGACUGAGAAAAAUUUUCUCGCAGAUACCAUAUAUGAUGAAGAUGAGGUGUUGCUGGCCCUUGCAGAACAACUUGGAAUCUUCACUCCUCUAGUUGGUGGCUCUGAAUAUGUUUACUGUUUAUUGAAACCUCUUGAAAGUUUGGCUACUGUUGAAGAAACUGUAGUUAGAGAUAAAGCUGUUGAUUCCCUAAGGGCAAUUGCUGCCCAACAUUCGCAAACAGAUUUGGAGAAUCACUUUGUGCCCCUUGUUAAACGAUUGUCGACUGGUGACUGGUUCACAUCUCGAACCUCAGCCUGUGGUCUCUUCUCGGUGUGCUAUCCCAGAGUAUCUUCAAGUGUAAAGGCAGAACUGCAUCUGUGUUUUAAAACCUUAUGUUUAGAUGAUACUCCAAUGGUACGUCGAGCAGCUGCUGGCAAGCUGGGAGAGUUUGCAAAGGUGGCAGACACAGAAUACCUCAGAUCUGAUUUAAUUUCAUUGUUUAAUAGCCUUGCUCAAGAUGAGCAGGAUUCAGUACGUCUGCUGGCUGUUGAAGCCUGUGUCGCUAUUGCAUCAUUACUUAAUGCUGAAGAUGUUGAAACCCUUGUAAUGCCAACACUACGGCAAGCAGCUGAAGAUAAAUCAUGGAGAGUGCGUUAUAUGGUUGCUGACAAAUUUACUGAUUUACAAAAAGCUGUUGGCCCUGAAAUUACAAAGAAUGAUUUAGUGUUGGCUUUUCAAGGACUCUUAAAAGAUUGUGAAGCUGAAGUACGUGCCGCUGCUGCACACAAAGUAAAAGAUUUUUGCCAGUAUCUUGCACCUGAUAUCCGUGAAAGUUUGAUCAUGACAAAUAUCCUUCCUUGUGUCAAAGAACUUGUUUCUGAUGCCAAUCAACAUGUCAAGUCCGCUCUAGCCUCAGUCAUUAUGGGUCUUUCUCCAAUUUUAGGAAAAGAAAAUACAAUAGAGCAUCUCUUACCUUUGUUCCUGACACAGUUAAAAGAUGAAUGCCCUGAAGUUAGAUUAAAUAUUAUCUCUAACUUAGAUUGUGUUAAUGAGGUAAUUGGUAUUAAACAGUUGUCAGAAAGUCUUCUCCCAGCCAUAGUUGAAUUGGCUGAAGAUACAAAAUGGCGAGUGCGUUUAGCUAUUAUUGAAUAUAUGCCCCUAUUGGCUGGUCAGCUGGGGGUAGAUUUCUAUGAUGAAAGAUUGAACACUCUUUAUAUGAACUGGCUAAAUGACUAUGUGUAUGCCAUUCGUGAAGCUGCUACUUUGAACCUGAAGAAACUUGUUGAGAAGUUUGGUGUGGAAUGGGCCCAAAAGACUGUGAUUCCUAGAGUGCUCUGUAUGUCACGUGAUACCAACUAUCUACACAGAAUGACUUGUCUUUUUUGUAUCAAUUUGCUGGCUGAUGCUUGUGGUACUGAUGCCACAACGAAGUUGAUGUUGCCAACCAUUUUGAGUAUGGCAUCUGACCCUGUGGCAAAUGUUAGGUUCAAUGUUGCAAAGACAAUGCAAAAGUUAGGCCCUAUGUUUGACCAGAAUACUAUUCAGUCCCAAUUAAAGCCUGUUCUUGAAAGAUUGAAAUCUGAUGAUGAUGGAGAUGUUCGGUACUUUGCAUUGGAGGCAAUAGAAGCAUUGAAGCUCUCUUAAAGAAUUUUCACCAUUCAGCUCCCCUUUUCCCAACCUGCAAGCCUCUUGACUGAAAGCUUCAACUUUGACAUCCAGCAGCGUCCAGUCAGCGUGUACCUUAGCAGCAGCCACCGCCUCCUGCCAACACCAAAUUACUAUUACUUCUAACCAAUCCUGGUUUUUUUUUUUUUCCUUUUGUUUUUUUCCCCUCUCUUGCUGAUCACUUCCAGACCAUUCUCUAAGGUAGCUGCCUGUGGCAAACCCCUAUACAAUCUCUUUGACUUUUGUUUCAGUUGGCGUCCACAAGCACUACAAUUCAACUCCUGAGACUUGUAUCACUUUCUCUCAAACCAUUAUUCAUUCACUUACCUUUCUACUAUCCUUAACUUUUAACACUUACCAUUCUAUCUAUAGAUCAUUAAAAA